AUGCAGCGUUUCAUUUCCACAAUCAUGACAUCCGUCACCAAGAAAAUUCCCAUUCCUCGGAAUGGAGUGGAUUACAGAGGCAAACUUGUUCUGGCACCUAUGGUCCGUAGUGGAGAGCUUCCUUCUCGACUGCUAGCCCUUCAUUAUGGAGCAGACCUGGUGUGGGGUCCUGAGACUGUGGAUAGAUCAAUGAUCGGAACGACACGAAAGGUCAAUGAAGCCCUCUCCACGAUCGACUUUACUCGACUGCCCUCACACGGCGCGAAAGACCCGCGAAAAGACCAGCCCGAAAGUCUCAUCUAUCGCAUUCACCCAGAGAGAGAAGGGAAGCACCUCAUAUUCCAGAUUGGUACUUCAGACCCAGAAAGAGCUGUUCAGGCUGCGCGGAUUGUCGCAGGAGAUGUUGCUGGAAUCGAUGUGAAUGCUGGAUGUCCAAAGCCGUUCAGUACAAGCGGUGGUAUGGGUGCUGCACUUCUGCAGACUCCAGACAAGUUAUGCGCCAUCUUGGAAGCUCUGAUUAGGGAUAUUGUACCAGAAUUCGAGAUUGGUAUCAGUGUCAAGAUUCGACUUCUGGAAACCCCAGAGAAGACUGAGUACUUGGUCCGAAAACUCUGUGCCACUGGCAUCACUGGAUUGACAAUCCAUUGUCGGACGACUCCCAUGAGGCCAAGAGAGAAGGCGAUUCGGGAACAACUGAGAAUGAUUGCGGGCAUUUGCAGAGAGACCGGAGUGGCUUGUUUGAUGAAUGGGGACGUUGAAAAUCGAGCACAAGCUGAGCAACUUAUUGCUGAAUUCGGUGUAGAUGGUGCUAUGAUUGCUACUGCAGCAGAGACAAAUUCAAGCUGUUUCAGAAGUGAGGCAGACGGAGGCUUGGCUUCAUGGAACCAAGUCGUCGAGCAAUAUCUGAAGACAUGCCUGGAAGUCGAAAACCGCUGGGGCAACACGAAAUACCUUCUUAACCAUCUCAUUCCUGGCAAGAGACCUGAGUAUCGAGAAGUCACCAUGAGCAAGAGUUACCACCAAGCUUGCAAGAUUCUAGGCCUCGAGCAUUUAGAAUCACAAGCGAAAGAGGUCGAUGAAAAGCUUGGAAUCACUCCGGACACCGAAUAUCAAGGUAGAAAGAACAAGAACAAGAAGAACAAGAGUGCUCUAGCAGCUGGUGGACAACAAGGGAAGCAAAGAUCUGAUAAGAAGCCACUUUCAGACAGAGGUGUGCAAAGUCAACAACCUACCCUGGCCAUAGCCUGA